GGAUCGUGAUUUGGCUGAUUUAGGCUUCUUUUGUGCUUGUGUAGUAAUUGAUUGUUGCCGGACUUUGUGGAUGAAUCUCCGAUUCUUGUAGCUCUGAGAGGUGGAAUUGUUGCUGGAGUGUUUGCAUAGCUAAAACCUAACCGGUAUUAGCAAUUCCUGGCGAAGCUAAGUUCAUUUUGUUAGGACCACUGCUCCACUUGGUAGUUUGGAUUUGGAACUUGCGCACGAGCAAGCUCGUCAAUGCUUCUCUUUAGCAACAUCAAGACGGCUGUAACUUGCUCGAGGAGAAAUCAUUUACACGAGAUACAGUAUUACCAUAAUGGAGUUGGUGAUGGUAGGGAAGGGAGCAGGAUCUCUAAGGAAACGCAUGAAACCAGAUGUCGAAGAGAAGGAAGAGGACCCAGGACAUAAUGCUAUUGCAGAGAUAGUAGAAAAGGAAGAGACCGAGGCAAAUGUUGGCGGGUCUGAAGAGAUGGAGCUUCAUAUCACUCACAUUCUUGAUAAGAUCGAAAGCUUCACCCAGCUGGUGUCAGAGCUGCUGGAAUCAGGGAAAACAAUGUUCAAGGAACUAAGUGAUGAAUUUGAAGAGCGGUUGAUAAUGAUACACAAGGAACAAAUGGAGAAGUGGCAGAAUGAAAUUAAGGAAAUACGGCUACUUGAUGCCUCAAAUGAAGAAGUGAAUGCUACUUUACAUAAUGCUCGAUAUUUACUUCAGAACCCUCAUGUAGACUCGUGAAAGGUAACUCUCAGUUUAUUUUCUUAUGUUAGUAUCGUUCAACAUUUACUGUGAACUAAGGAACUCCACAAGGACUAGUUUUUCAGCUGUAGAUUGUACAUUGAACCAUUGGAACUUAUUCUGUUUCUGGUAGAGACCAAAUUGGCCAGUGAUCAUGCCAAAGGAACUAUUAAGAGGAGCAAAGUUCUCUUUAGCCUCUCAAGCAAAC